UGCAGCCUUCAGCCCGUCGCCACGACACGUUAGCAGCCUUGUGCGCAUACGAGAGCACAAUCUGAGCCAUUAUAACUGGCGGGAGCGGUAUAACUUUCCCCGAGAGAGAGAGAGAGAAGUGGUCAAAAUAAGAUCCAGCGUAACCAGUCCGCCACCUAGCUGCGGAGACGCGCCGACGGAGAUCUGUCGACUGUAUGAUUAUGAAAACACCCGCGCCAAUGUUGUUGCACAGUAGGCUCUGCGCUCUGAUGGGACUGAAACUCGGUUUUAGGGGGUGUUUUAACCUCCGCUGGCCUUAGUUAUGUAAUCAAAGCAACAUCUAAUGCACCAAAAGCUGUGGAUUGCUGUUGGUGCGAAGGGGGAGAGCAGGACAGCAACACCUUAACCUCCUGCCUAAACGCAGUUGGCUCUGGGACGCGCUCUCGGUGUAACCCUAAAGGACAUCAGAGAGACCUUCCCUUGCUGGAUGAAGGCAUAGAGCUGCACUUGGACUGUUACUGGAACUUUUUUUCUAACCCUUCUGAGUGAUACCUGCGUUCUGCUUUUCACACUUAACCACACCAACCCCAUUGGAGUCAUUUAAAAGUGUUAUACUGGGAACUUCACAGCAUCCUACUUCUCCCCUUGACUUCUCUGAUGGACCAGAGAGUGAAGGGGGGAACCCCUCCGACCACAGGCUCCACUCUGGACCCCGCCUCUGCACCUGAAGACUCUGAGCAAGACCAAGUGGCAGAGAAAAAGAGGAGAGGGGAGGUGGAGAAUGGCGAGGCAGUGGGAAAAAAGGAGGAGGAGAAAAAGGGAGGAGGAAGAAAGAGAGAAGGAGACAAGGGGGCAGUGCUGGAGCUGCUCAUUGAGGGGCGCUGUGGCAGUGUGGGGCAGCAGCAGCUUCAGCUCUCUGGCAGAGAGACCAGCUGCCCUGAGGGGAAUGUAAGAGUCCGAAUUGGUCUCCAAACCAAGCGUACCAAGAAACCGCCUAAGAUCUUGGAGAGCUACGUCUGCAAACCCACCAUCAGGACCUAUCAGAGACAGGCCAGGGGCGGGCUGCUGAAGGGCGAUGGAGAAGGAGGGGGAGCGGGCCAGCAGAGUAAAACCAGCUCUGCCCCAGACGAAGCAAACAGAGAGCAACACUCAGGCUUGGAUGCUGUCCAGACCACAUCCAAACAAACUGCAUCUGCUGCUUCACCACCAGUUACAUCAUCAAUACCGGUGUCGUCUCCGUCAUCACAGUCACUGUCGCUAUCACCGACAUUUCCUACAGCUUCCAGCCCAGCCUCUGUCCCUGCCGUAACCAGCCAAGGGACAAAGUCUGUCAAACAGGUUCCUAUCAAGCUGGCCGAUAAGACAGAGGUGAAUUCAAAUGGCUCAUCCGAGAGAGUGAAGAAAGAUAAAGCUCAGAGUGUCAAUGGCCAGCCCGUCCUUGCAGGACCCAAACCCUGCUCACCCACAACAGACCAGGCAGCUUCAAUUACUCCUUCCAGCCCAUGCAUCCAGACACAAUCUCCACUGGAAACCAGGAAAGAUGAAAACAUCUCCAAGAAGCAUAAUGGUUUGGUCCAGACAACCAAACAAAAGGGACUGUCGAAUGGGAAAGGCUCCUCUAACAUUCUUGGCACUCCCACUUCAUCCAAAGUCAGAGUUGGAAAACACAGCACUUCCACCUCUACUUCUUCCAUGGACUCUUCAACAAGACCUCCAGUCUCCACUGGUUCCCACAAAGAACUUAGCCUUUCCAAUAAGAGCAGGCCAGACUCUCCCUCCUAUCCCUCAAUUAACCCAAAACCACAGUCCUCCCCUGCUGUGGAACUCUCCUCUGCCCAGUUCCAAGGUCACGAUCCCUCUGUAGAGCCCCUGCUAGAGAAAAAGAGAGAGAAAGAGAGAAAAGCAAAGAAAGAGAAACGCAAAGACAAGAAAUCAAAGCGAGAUAGAUUGGAGGCUGAUAAAGCAAAAAACGAGGGCAGAAAGGAGGAGGUUAAGAAGAAGAAAAAGGAAAAGGGGAAGGACGGGAAAUCGAGACAUGGCAAAGAAAAGGACGAAAGACAUAGAGGUGAUGAUGUAUGGAAGGAUGAUCUAAAGAGUGACAGAGGGAAGGCUGAGAAAAAGAGGGAUAAGCUGAGCCCAGACAGACAAAGAACAGAGGAUAAUAAUACAAAAAGUGGGGAAACAGCUGACAACAGCAAACUAGAUAAAACCUGUAAAUUAGUGAAUACAGGCAGAGCAGAUGAGAAGGAGAAGACAGAUGACAGUUGCAAGCCAGUUAAACAAGCUGAGGCAGCAACAACAACAGGUGACACCAGUAAAUCAAAAGAGCAGGACGUCUCAAGACAUUCAACAGUGCCUGCAAGCCACCCCUCCUCUUCUGCUCCUCCCCCUGUGCCCACGCCUUCUGCCCAUUCUCCCGUUUCUCCCCCUUCUUCCCCAAAAGAGCAGGAUAGCCGACCGCUCAAAAAACGUAAGGCCAGAAGGCCCAGCUGGACCAAGCUGGUGCAUCGGGCUCAGAGAGUGGAAAAUCAGGAAGCCACUUCUGAUUCUCUACAAAAUCCUUCACUCAGUUUCCCCCAGAACACCAAGACGUUCCUUCCUGCCAAAGCCACUAUUCAGCAGAGUGAUGAGUCACACCCGGCAACCUCUGGCUCCCUAACCAGCAGCUCCUCCCCGGUGUCUUCUGCAACCAAACCUCCAACCCCAAAGCAGAAUCACCCCUCAUCAGAAUCUAGCCCCCCUGCUUCCAGAAGCCCCAUAAACACAGUCCGAAAAAGGGGUCGUCCUAAAUCCUACAGCUCUAGUUUAGAUGAACCUCCCCCUCAACUUACACCAAACGAUAUCCCAACUGAGGUGCCUCUCCGGUGCUGUGACGGAGUUCAAAAAGCCCCUGUGCUGGAGCCAAGUACAAUACUGCAGUGUGCCGCUCAGUCUAAAUCCAGCCCCAAGAAGCGUGGCCGGCCUCCGAAACGACCUUUCCCUGAGGACACGAGUGGAGAUGCACUGAAUCACACUGGUCAUACAGUGAGCGGUAAAGAUUUUCAUCCUCCUGAAAAGGGAAACAGGCAGCUAAAGAUCAGGAGGCUGAUUAAUGAGAUGAAGAAAAGAAAGAAGAGGAGAUUUCACAAAGUAAUGUUGUCUGGGUAUGUAGGAAAGGAAGGAAGGGCAGGAGAGGCAGCAGAUGGUGAGACUUCUCAGAGAAUGUGUAAAUCAAUAGAAGCUACAACAGUACACACUCUCUCAGCCCUGUCCUCCUCCUUUGGGAGUAAGCUGGGCCCUCAGAUCAAUGUGAGCAAGAGAGGGACCAUCUACAUGGGCAAGAGGCGAGGACGCAAGCCUAAAUCCCAAACUGCUAACCUAAAUUCCAACUCCCAGAACUCCACUCACUCAUCUCUGUUUACCAAUACCUCGGAAACAUCUCUCUUCUCGUCUAACCAACCUCAGCCUCCUCCUUCUCACCCGUUUCCCUCCCCAUCUCUUACUCACUCCAGCGGGGCCCAGAGUCCUUACAGUGAAGGCAGCCUCACAGAACCAACAUCCUCCCUACUUUUCCCUCACCCCUUCUCCCUCCCAUCCCCAUCCUCCUCCUGUACCUCCCCUCGCCCCCCCUCAUCCUCAUCACUCUCUCCCUUUGUGAAGAAGAGCUGUCCAUGUCAGGGAAGGCAUCACUUCCCCUUUCACCAGUCUUCAUGUAAGCUUUCCUGUCCCACUCCUCCACUGCAUCACAUACCUGGCUCUCCUGGCCACCUGAAAGAGGCCACGCCCUCCCCGAGGAGUGAAUCACACAGUGAAGAGACCCUGCCUAGUGACAGCGGGAUUGGAACAGACAAUAACAGUGUCUCUGAGCGAGGUGAGAUGAGGGGACCUCGGGGCAUGCUGAGGAUGGGUCAGGGGUCAGGAGUGAUUCUAGGUGGUCAAAGGCACCCUUCUUCUAUCGUGGACCGUCCCUCUCCAGUCUCUUCGCCCCUCUCUCACAUGCCCAGACACACAAACCCCAUGGCUAACUCAAAUAGUGCGGAGCGGCACAGAGACCGACAUCGGCACAGGCGCAGGGAUUUCGACUGUUCCCCUUCCUGUACCUGCUUGUGUCCUUGUCCCUGUCCAGGACACAACAAGUGCGCUCAUUCAGACUAUUAUUCAUGCGUUGGGCACAAUGCGCUGAAGAGACCGAAAAACAAACAUAAGAAGAAGCACCAGCAGCUGCACAUGCAGGAUCCAGAGUUUCUGGCCGAUCUCGAAGAUUUAAUCGGUCAGUUCAGUGAGGUACAUAUCGGACGGCGUAGUUGGGCGAGGACAGGACUGGGACAGGGCUUUGAAGGGAGUGCAAAUGCUGCUGGAGGAAGGCGACAUCACUCUUCCUCUCAUUCUCACCGCUCCAACAUCUUCAGGAUCAAUCUAAAUGGCUUUUACUCUCCUCACCCAUCAUCUUUCUCUGCUAAUCCCACAUUCUCCCCCCAGCCUUUCUACCCUUGCCACUGCAACAGGAAGCCAGACCGCAGGCAAUGUGGCUGCCCUUCAAAGUUCCAGGAGACCAUUGAGAAUAUGGGCUUCUACAACAGCUAUCCCCCAGCCACAACACUUUACCACCACCUCCCCAGCUCCUACACCCUUCCAUCUCCUCACCAGUAUGCCCACCAUCAGCCCCACCAUGCCCACUUUCUCCUUAACCCACCUAGAUUUCACAGGCGGAGGAGUAGGCUGCUGAGGGAGGGGGCUUUAGGAGGGGAAAUUGAGGGAGACAUAGGGGGAGGCAGUGGAGGACGCCCACACCUCAGCUCAGGGUUCACAUCCGGCUUCUCUUAUGGCUGCGGGAGGAGCGAACACAAACACAAACAUAAACAUCGUCACAGGCACUGUGAGCGAGACAUGGAUGACGAAGAGGAGAUACAUGAAGAUGAGGAGGAAGACGGAGUGGAAAGAGAAGGGCUGGCCUGUUCAAAGUCAAGGUUGGGGUUCAUUUUGGGGCAAGGAGAAGGAGGAAGGAAAGGGGUAAGGGCAACAGGGAGCAUGCUGGGUAAAGAAUCAACUUGGUUACGUGAGAAUGGAAAUGAUUCCUUUUCUGCUGCUGCUGCCUCAUCGUCAUCAUCCGCAGACAGAUACAAACACACAUCUCUCACCUCACUGGGUCUGGGUUCCUCUCAUCUGUCUUCUUUUGGAGGAGGAUGGGGUGGCUUGGGCCAGAGCUGGGUGAAAUUUGGGAGUCUGGGAGCUACAGGAUUUGGAAACUCAAACCCCAGCUGGAGAGGUUUCACUGGAGACCAGCAUACAGGCCGAAUGAUUGCAUCAGACGGAGAGGACGAAGAUGGGGACGAGGACGUUCAAGAGUCGCACCUGUACAGGACGUCCCCAUCGCCGACACACACCAACCUGUUCACGUCUGCUGUCAUGGCAACAGGAGGGAGGGGUCUGAGGAGUGGAUUGGCCAUUAGGAAUCAAGGAAGUGGAGAGAGGUUGUGGAGGAGAGACGAACCAGCGUGGACAGAGAGGAGAGAUGCAGGUUUACAAGGUGACUCGAGAAGCCGAGGGCAGCAGAAAAGUGCGCCCACAUCAGACAGCGUGGCUUUGAAAAACAAAAGAAGGCCGGGACGGCCCAGGAAGCACCCGUUGCCCUCCUCUGUAUCCUCUCCCGCGCACUUAUCUGCAACGCCGUCCAUGUCCGCACCUGAAAUCUUGCCAGGACACAGCCACAUCAGAGAUGGGAGAGGAGUGGGAGGGAGAACAGAAGAAAGGCUGCCAGAGAGAGAGAGAGGAGGAGGUGACCCAGUGCAGCAGGUGACAGAGUUGGAGCUGCAGGCCAAGAGGAAGAGAGGACGGAAGAGAAAACACAGUGACUCUCCCUGUCAUCAGAGUGUCGCUGAGGAUAAAUCCGAGUGCGACGCCCUCCCUGAGUGUUUUAGCCAAUCAGAUGUCGAGCAGGCUCCGUCCCAACCGGUUACCAUCCAAAGAGAGGAAAAGGCUGACGGUCCUCCGAGGAAGAAAUUCCUGAGGGCAGGUCUUUACUCUGAUGACUACAAAACUACCGACCCCCCCUCCCAAGCCCAGAAGAACUGCAAAGAGAACAUGGUGUACACACCAGGGGAGCACGAGUAUAGCCUUUUACCUGCUCCCAUGCAUGUUGGGAAGUACUUGAGGCUAAAAAGAAUUCAUUUCCAGCUGCCCUAUGAUGUGAUGUGGCUGUGGCAACACAACCAGCUUCACCGGCAGCCUGCUGUCCCCCUGAAGAGGAAGCGGCGUUACUGCCGGCUGAAAGAAAGGACUGAAAGAAAGCAGACAGUGGAGGAGAGCUCGAGUGACAUUACCAGCUUGUUCCCUCACCUCGACAUGGAGCCUUUGACCACCAGUGAGAGGAGCUUUGUGGUGAAGCACCAUGUGUUCCUCGUGAGGAACUGGGAGCUGGUGAGAGACAGGCAAAUCCGAAUGAGAAUAGAGAGGGAGCGAGAACAAGACGCAGAGGGAGAGGGAGAGGAGGGCGACCCACGACAUCUGUCCUGUGAAGGAGCCAAUGGGGACGACAGCCACAUCAAGUCAGAUCAUCCAGUGGGGGUGGAAGUGACGGUAAUCAGCAGUGACCCCCACCACCAAAGUCAGGACACCUCCAGCUCGUUCACUGCCAGCCCCUGUCCCACCAAAACCCAGAGCAGACAAGAGGAGGAGGGAGAGGAAGAAAAACAAGGGGAAGGAGAGGUCUGCAGCAGAGAACAGAGGAGGAAACGGCUGAAUGAUUUACUUUUGAACCUGCAGCAUUCAUAAGCUAAAAAAGAGGGGGUGGGACCACUCUGAGAAAGGGACCAGGCCCACCACUGGACAGAUGAACUGAUGUCACAACACUGCUACUAACAAUAGCAGUGCCACAGAGAAGAAGCAAGGCAAGGGAGAGGAGAGCUGGAGAAUUAUUAGCAGCUGAAAAAUGCAAAAGAAAGACAUCUCACAUGCUGACAGAUGAGUGUGU